UUUAUGUUCUGAUGUUUUCAACAAGCAUAAGUGCCUGAAAAUUUUAUGAUGUUGUAGAAACUAAAACUGUAUUUAACCAUAUCGAGACAGAAAGGCAGUUUUAAUCAAUAAAUUCCCUACAUUUUGCCCAUAUUUACACUACAAAAGAAGAAACAAGAAGCCACUUUAAGCCAUUGGGCAAUGGCUUAAAGAUUUUCGUUAGCAGGAUAGAUGCUAUAUGAUUUACUUCUAGUACAACAAAAACGUGAUGCAUGUAAUGUCUGAAAACAAAGUCAACUAAGGAUUUCAGGUAAACACAAUGAAAAGUGAAGGCUCAGGUAUCAUUUGUAUUAAAAAACUGAUUUAAAAAAAAUUGGAAAACUCAGAAAACUGACGUACAUGAAUGAAAUUACCAAUUACCUUAUCUGUAACAGCUAGACAAUUUUUUAUAAGCAACUUACUUAAACUUAAAAAACAACUGCACAAGUAUAAACAGAAGCAACCAAAAAUCAAACUCUAAGAAAGAAUUCCCUUCUUACAUAAAUUAUGCAUCAUAAAAUGUUAUUGUUGGCUGUGAGAUGAACCAAAAAUGCAAUUGGCCCCUCUCUCUCUCCCCCUCCCCCAUGAUUAAAUGCAACUUUUUAAAUAAGAUGUCUUUUUUUAAAUAUUAUUUGAGAUUUACAAUAUGUUAUUUCACAUUUUGCGCAAUUCUCUGCAAACAAUUUGUGGGAGGAGUACCAAUGAAUAACAAGUUGGACUUUGUUGGGAAUUGUUUACUUUGAAUGUGUGUAAAUUUUUUCAUCUUCUUGAAAAACGAUUAUCCAGAUUUUAAGGAAGGUCGCGUAAGGUAACAGCAACAAGACUUCCACAACCUUCCUCUUUGUGGACAAAAGUUUUGUGAAAAGUUAUUUGUGUAAACUUUAAAAUACACUAAGUUAUUGUUAAUUAAUUUGUAGAUUAUUAGAUUAGAUUAUAAAUGAGUUUCGACGUGACGUUAUGAUUUUGCAUCGAGAAGAGUGGGCAUGCGCACAGGCAAAAUAUAUAAGUUAUGCGUUCCAUUAUACAGAAAAUAUCAAAUCUUCUUCCUCAACAAUCGCAAGCUGUUUUAACAUCUGUUUUGGAGUACUUAUUUUAUACCAGAAACCCUGUCAUGCAACUAGUUUAUGUACUUUUGAUGAGCAUUGGAUAUAUGUCUUAUAUGGUUACAGCUUAUCCUUACGUGAACGAAUCUUUAUUCGGACAACUGCCGUUUCUACUCUUAGGCGUAAAUAUGUUUUUCUUCAUCACAUGCUCUUGUGUUGAUCCUGGUGUCGUCGACAAAAAUAACUUUGUGAAACAUAUUAACCGAUUUCCAUAUGAUCAACAUAUGUAUCAUGUGAAGAGUUAUUGUGAAACUUGCGAUAUAGAGAAACCAGCUCGAUCAAAACACUGCAGUGUGUGCAACCAGUGCGUUACAAGAUUUGACCACCACUGCACAUGGGUUAAUAAUUGCAUUGGAGAAAAGAAUUACAAAUUCUUUCUCUUGUUUUUAUCCACACUUGUGUUGAUCACGUUCUUAUCAAGUUUUCUUGUUUUAAUGGUGUUUAUAAACAUAGUCGACACGAGAAAACUUUACCGUUCCAAAUUUACAGACCAAACAGGAAACGUCUUUUCAGCGGACUUGUCCACCAUUAUUGCCUUUCUGGUUGGCGAGUACAAGCUGAUGUCAUUCUUGUUCAUGUACUUAUUUUUGUUAUUCAUCGUGCUUGGAUGUUUCUUUUGUUUUCAUCUGUUCCUUCUUUUAACAAAUAAAACCACCAAUGAGAUUUGUAAACAAAAGAAAACUGAUGAAACGAGAAGUGGCACGAGUUAUGCAAAAAAGAUGGUAAAGAGAAACAAAACGAAUAAAAUGUGCAGAAAAACUGAGAAUAAAGCGCACGUGAACUAUGGUCAAAGCAUGUUUAAGACUUAUAAUCGUGGCGUACUUUUAAAUAUAUUAGAAGUUUUUUCUAGCUAGUGUGCAUUAUAAAUCUGCUAUGACAUUUUUUAGUUUACCCUCACUACAAAAUAUAGUUCAACUUCUUACCAACACGAACUCAGUACAUCACGGAAGCAGUAAAAAAUAAUAAAACUGCGACGAGAAAUAGCGUACAUGCAGCGGUGGAGAACGUCAGUCGCAGCUCUCCAUCAGCUCUUAUGCACACUACUUCUUAUAUCACCUCCCCUGUUGACUACAGUACAUCAGUAGUCAACUGAAUAAAAUAAAUAUAUAUAAUAUAAUAUAACAUGUAAAUAUAUUAUAUAAACGUAAGUAAAGUACUUGUUCGUUA